UUCAAAAUUCAAAAGUUCAGAGAGAGAGAGAGAGAGAGAGAGAGAGAGGAGAGAUAGAGUGGGGUUAGGGAUGGCUUCAAAAUCAAAUCCAAAAGCAGAGAAUAUGAAGCGUUUCUACAGGCAAAGGAAAAGCAGUAGCAUUGGUGGUACCUCUAAGACGAAAAAAUCCCAAUCGGCCGCUCACCCAAAAGCUACUGCUGUCUCUUUCGGCUCAGAUGUAAUUUCACACGGCUCUCCAGACCUCAAAGUCGAUUAUGACGAGCAAGAAGAGCUAUUGAGGCAAUUUGAUAUGAACAUGGCAUAUGGACCGUGCCUUGGGAUGACCAGACUUGCACGGUUGGAGCGGGCUUGCAGUCUAGGAAUGAACCCUCCUAAAGAAGUGGAGAAUCUUUUGAAGGGUGGCAAAGUUUGCUCUGAGUGCUUGUGGGAUGGUCGCAUUUAGAAAUUAGCCUGAUUCGUGUAUUGAUGGUCUAUAUUGGAUUCUAAGGACACCUUUUCUAUUCGCUCGUCCGUACACCAACUAGAAAACCUUCUUCUGUACUGUAUUUUCUAUUAGACCCUUCAAAAGUUGAGGUGCCUGUAAAUGUUUGUCUAUUUUGUUUAUCUGUUGUCAUUUAUUGGUAUGUAUUUCAUUUUCGGGAUGGAACAUGUCCCUUGUUUGUUA